GUAUUGUAAUCCGCUCUCAGUCCAACGUGGUUUCUUCUCUAAGAGCGCUGCUUCUCUUCCACACUUAUUUUGGUUGAUGAAGACCGAGCGAUGAACGCCGAGCAGGAGAGGCCGUACGUGUGCGGCGCGCCAGGAUGCUCCCAGCGCUUUCCCACAGAGGACCACCUGAUGAUUCACCGGCACAAACAUGAGAUGACCCUCAAGUUUCCCUCCAUAAAGAACGACAGCAUGCUGUCAGACCAGACGCCAACGCCAACGCGCUUCCUGAAGAACUGUGAGGAGGUGGGGCUCUUCAGCGAGCUGGACUGCUCCAUCGAACAGGAGUUCUGUAAAGCGCAGGAGGAGGAGGACAGCAAGCAGAACUUGGCUCUUCAUGGUGCAGCAGGCCAGAACCAGCACCAGCCUCCCCAUGUGUGCAUGACGAACCAUAGCUCGGGCAUGGGGAUCCAGCAGGCACUCCCCUCACCCCAGUCCAGCUCGGUCAUCACGCAGGCACCCUCCACCAACCGACAGACUGGGCCUGUGCCUGGCUCGCUAUCCUCCUUGCUGCACCUGCGCAACAGACAGAGACAGCCAUUGCCCGCAUCCAUGCCCGGCACCCUUCCUGACCCCACCAUGCCCGGAUCCUCCGCUGUGCUCAUGCCUAUGGAGAGACAAAUGACCCUGGGUUCCAAUGUGCUUGGCAUUCAAGGUCCUGCCCACAGCAACUCUUGCUCCGCCUCCCAUGUGCCCUCAAUGCAUUCAGAAACCAAGCAGAGGCUAAAGGCAGCCCUUGGACAUCACCCAGGAGCCAUCGCUAACGGCAACAUGAACACCAUGGGCCACAUGAUGGAUAUGAUGUCAUCGCGGCCGGAGCAGGGUGGACAUCAUCACCUGCAUUCUCACCCCCAUCCUCAUCAACAUCUGCAGGCACCGCCCCACACAUACCAACAUCACACCCACCAGCAUCACCAUCACAGCCACACCCAGAGUGGGCACCAUCACCCUCAGGGCCACGCCCACCAUCCGCCUGUGCCACACAUGCACUCGGGACACUCCCACCAAGCUUCACCGCAUCAGUCUCUUCAUUCCGGAGCACCAUCCCAGGUAUCGCCGGCUGCGCAGCAAAUGCAGCCGACGCAGAACCUGCAGUCACCGCAGCCCAGCGGAGGCCGUCGCCGCCGGGUGGUGGACGAGGACCCGGACGAGCGCAGGAGGAAGUUCCUGGAGAGGAACCGGGCAGCGGCCACACGCUGCAGGCAGAAGAGGAAGGUGUGGGUGAUGUCACUGGAGAAGAAAGCCGAGGAGCUCACACAGACCAACAUGCAGCUGCAGAACGAGGUGACCAUGCUGAAGACAGAGGUGACGCAGCUCAAGCAGCUCCUGCUGACUCAUAAGGACUGCCCGGUGACAGCCAUGCAGAAGGAGUCGCAGGGUUAUCUGAGUCCAGAGAGCAGCCCUGCAGGAAGUCCUACCCCUGCGUGUUCCCAGCAGCAGGUCAUCCAGCACAACACCAUCACCACCUCCACGGCCGCAGGGGGCGAUGCUGCGCUGGGCCAGUUAAACUCCCGCGUAGGCAUUAACCCCAUCCUUUAGAGGCGACCCCUGACGCUGCCCCCCUGUUUUUUCUCAUGGGACACGUGCAUCGCCAUGGUGGCGAGGGUCUCGAUUGCAGAGCUCCUCAACGUUUGGACCUGUGUCUCUGCCACCUUCCCUAACCUGUUGGCCUGCGUUCACAGUUCUGUUUGCGUACCGGCUCUAAUUGUGACCGCUAAUCUCAUGAAGACAUGCAGGAUCUGAGCUUCUCCCGCUGCCUUAAAGACAGGAAGAAUAAAGUGUUCGCAAGCUGAUUGUAGAAAACGUUGCCUUAAAUUGGCGAAGGUGCCACUGUGAUCUCUUCGACCCGAGUGUCUUACGGACUAAGACUCAAGUUCAGCGUACGGUCUUGGUAUCCAGUUCCCAAGUAAAACUGAGUUUCUGCCCAGUUUGUAUAAGCCAUAACUCUAGUUUGUGUGUGAAAGACAAAUGAUUCAUUCAGAAGUUCUAGGGGACUUUCUUAUUCCAAAUACGUUAUUUAUAAUUGCAAAUUAUCAUAGUGUUUGUUACACAAAUUUUACUCGAGCAUUGCUGCAUAGUUUUGUGUGCUAACUUUCACACUCUUUUGGAUGGGAAAUGUCCUUCAGGAUGGGGGGGGGGGGCAAAUC